AUGGUGUUGGCUGUUGCAGACGAAGUCGAGGACCCGGAGCACGGUGCCGCGGCGGAGCGCGCCGUCCGCGACGAGGUGGUUCAGAUCGGAGACGAGCGCGCCCUCCAGGCAUUGGGCACCGUCGGAGAGCACCCGCAUGCACCGCGAAGUGGCGGUCAGUCACUCUCCGCGUCCACCGCGGCAGCAUCUGCACGUCCGCCACCUUUAGCACCGGGCGGAGCCCCCGCGCCGGCAGCUGCUCCGGCAUCAGCGCCACCGCCCCACGCGACAGGUCCACCCCCAUCUCCAUGCCGAAGAGGGGCCUCGUGGAAGGUUCCUGGAGCAAGCAAUCGGAUGUUGGCUGUUGGGGAGGGUAGGGAGCAGUGGAGUGCUUGA